CCUCUGUCCCCUCAUAGAGACUCAGAGUGGGAAGGAAGGAGGAACAUGUCGGCCGUGCAGCUGCUGCGGGUGUCGGUACAUGAGCGGAUCAGCGCUGCCGCUGAAGACUUCCUGCUCCAGAUGGAGAAAGGAGGAGGAAAGGCUCAAGUCCUGGAGCUGAGAGCGAUGCUCACCGAGCGGCUCGCGACGGCGAUGGAGCAGAUCCUCGUGGGGCUUGAGGAAACCGUGGCUUGGUACGAGGACCGAGUGGAGCGGUACGAGCGGGAGAGGAGGGUGAUCGAUGCCGCGAUGCAGCCCGUAGUCCGGCUGCACAGAGCAGUGUGUCCUGCAGAUGUCCAGCAACUGAUGGUGAAUAAAGAAGAGGUUGCCCUUGAGCAGCCGCAGAGGAACCCUCCUGUGGACCGGGAGGACCCAGAGCCCCCCCACAUUAAAGAGGAACAGGAGGAACCGUGGACCAAUCAGGAUGGAAAGCAGCUUCAAGGACUGGAGGAAGCUGAUAUCAAAUUCACAUUGACUCCUGUCACUGUGAAAUGUGAAGAAGAGGAAGAGAAACUUAAAAUUUCAACGCCUCAUCCGAGUGAGAGGAAGGAGAACAAAGCGGACUCUGGAGGACCAGAACCAGCCAGGAACUCAGGUCCUGAUGGACGUUUACAACAAGGUCCUGAGGAUAAGAAGGAAGACUCUUCUAAGACUGAAGAGAGUGAGGAUGAUUGGCUGGAGACCAAGGCACCUCAGACUGUUUUAAAUACAAGAAACAACAAACAGCCUCUAAGUAAUAUGAGAUGUAAGACAGAAAAAAAACCGUUUAGUUGCUCUGAGUGUGGUAAAAGAUUUAACCAAAGGGGCGAUCUAAAUAGACACAUGAGGAUUCAUACAGGAGAGAAACCAUUUAGUUGCUCUGAUUGUGGUGAAAUAUUUAACCAAAGGAGCAAUCUAAAUAGACAUAUGAUGAUUCAUUCAGGAGAGAAACCAUUCAGUUGCUCUGAGUGUGGUAAACGAUUUAACGAAAGGGGCCAUCUAAAUAGACAUAUGAUGAUUCAUACAGGAGAAAAACAGUUUAGUUGAUCUGAGUGUGGUUAAAGAUUUAAGAUUCAGUCCUAUUGUACGAGACAUGUGAGGAUUCAUAAAGGAGAGAAUUGAUUAAAUUGCAACCUUUGCAACAAAUAUUUAUUCGUAUUUAUCAACAUUUAUGUUUGUUUUAAAACAAUGGUUUCUUGGUUCAUGAGAUUCAAUGACAGUGUUUGUUCUCCUUUAUGUAUUGAAUGUGUCUCCAAGAAUAAAAGUCUAAUAAAAGUUAAAUGCGU